AUGAAUGAGGUGAAAGAAUCCCUUCGCAGCAUCGAGCAGAAGUACAAGCUCUUCCAGCAGCAGCAGUUUACCUUUAUUGCUGCUCUGGAGCACUGCAGGGAGAAUGCCCAUGACAAGAUCCGGCCCAUCUCCAGCAUUGGACAGGUGCAGAGCUACACAGAACACUACUGCAACAAUUCCACGGACCGGCGGAUCCUGCUCAUGUUCCUGGACAUUUGCUCGGAGCUGAACAAGCUCUGCCAGUACUUCGAGGCCCUGCACUCUGGCAACCCGGUCACCAACAACCUCCUCGAGAAAUUCAAAACCCUUGUCAGCCAAAGCAACGAUUUAAGCAGCCUCAGAGCAAAAUAUCCUCAUGACGUGGUGAACCACCUCAGCUGUGACGAGGCCAGGAACCACUACGGAGGUGUGGUCAGCCUCAUCCCCAUUGUGAUAGACUUAAUGAAAGAAUGGAUCGCCCACUCGGAGAAGCUGCCCCGCAAAACGCUGCAGCAUGUGAGUGGGCCCCCAGCAAACCAGGAAGCCACGGGGGCAGCUACUCAUCCUGCCCAGACUUCGGGCACCCAGCCUGGGUUAAGAAAACCCAAGUGUAGGCAGCUCACAAAAGACAGCCUCAAGCCUAGGGGGAAAGACAAAGGAUAUUCAAAACCGCCCUGGAGACCACCUGGUGGGAAACUGUAA